CAGUAGAGGGUAGCAACAGUUGCCUCGAGACUCCGUCGCGCUCACGCCAUAGUGACUGUAGUCGUGGAGACAGUUACUUACCAACCAGCGCAACACUCAGCAACAGCAACAGCAUCUGGAUAAAUCACCGAGCGAGUGGGAGAGAAAAGAAAGAGAGCAGAGCCAGGGCACAACUUUUCUCAAGACAAAGCCCAGUAUGCAGAGCUCAGAGGGAGGGUCAGACACCACGUCCAGCAUAGCAGCGCUGCGUACGUCAUCAUCUGCACAGGCCCCUGUGGUACAGCCUGUCCCCGCCUCUCAGCAAAGGGUGUUGGUUCAAGCCUCAGGCUCAGCUCAGAAGGGAGGACAAGUACAGCCACAUUCAGUUCCCAGGGUUCAACAGGUGCCUCAGCAGGUGCAGCAGGUACAACAUGUCUAUCCAUCACAGGUCCAAUAUGUAGGAGAAGGUGGAGAAACUGUUUACACCAAUGGAACUAUUCGAGCUGCCUAUUCCUACAACCCUGAGGCUCAGUUGUACGGGCAGAACAGUGGGGGAAGCUACUUUGAAUCACAACCCGGGGGAGCUCAUGUCACCACUGUGGUCUCCUCUGCCAGUGGUGGGGUGCCCCCUCAUGGCAUGGUGGGCAUCGCCAUGGAUGUGGGCAGCAGCCACAUAAUCUCCAGCGGUAGUGCAUAUCUGAUCCAUGGAGGAAGCAUGGAGGGAAAUCGCAACCACAUAUCACACUCUUCACGCUCCUCCUCAGCUAUGCUUGAAAUGGCGAUUGAAAACCUCCAAAAGUCUGAUGGAAUUGCAAGUCACAAAAGCAGCCUGCUCAACAGCCAUCUACAGUGGCUGCUCGACAACUAUGAGACUGCAGAGGGUGUGAGCCUGCCCCGAUGCUCCUUGUAUAAUCAUUACUUGCGCCACUGUCAGGAACAGAAACUGGAUCCAGUCAAUGCAGCCUCUUUUGGAAAGCUCAUUCGCUCAGUUUUCAUGGGCCUCAGGACCCGGCGGCUUGGCACCAGAGGAAAUUCUAAGUACCAUUACUAUGGUAUCCGGGUGAAGCCAGAUUCACCACUCAACCGGCUACAGGAGGAUACACAGUAUAUGGCCAUGAGACAGCAGCCAGUCCACCAGAAGCAAAGGUUCAAACCUCUGCAGAAAGUGGACGGUAUGUCAGACAGCUUAUGUGGAAGCUCGCAGCACUGCAGCAACAGUGCUGAGCAGUCGGUGGCUGCUCAGAGCCAACAUCACCAGCAGUACAUAGAUAUGUCCCACACUUUGCCUCCAUUUCCCUCCCCUGACUUGGGCACCCAGCCUCUGCCUGAGCGCAUCAACAUGAAUGAUGUCAAGAAGCUACAGACACUUUACAGAGACCACUGUGAGGCUACUUUGGAUGUUGUGAUGAACCUCCAGUUCCACUACAUUGAGAAACUCUGGCAGACAUUUUGGUAUUCAACACUGCCAUCUAGUGGUGGAAGUACCACCAUCCCCAACAGCGGUGAUGAUGAUCUGGAAAAUGUCAUCCCAAGAGACAAGCUGGUGGCGAUGUGCAAAUAUGAACCAAUCAGAAUGUGGAUGAGGAGCUGUGACCACAUCCUCUACCAGGCUCUGGUUGAGAGCCUCAUCCCUGAUGUGCUGCGCCCUGUUCCAAGCACUCUCACUCAGGCGAUCCGCAACUUUGCCAAGAGUCUGGAGGGCUGGCUGACUAAUGCCAUGUCCAACUUUCCUCAAGAUGUUGUUCGAACCAAGGUGGCAGUGGUCAGUGCAUUUGCCCAGACUCUGAGGCGUUACACCAGUCUGAACCAUCUAGCCCAGGCAGCCCGUGCUGUCCUCCAGAACACCUCCCAGAUCAAUCAAAUGCUUUCUGACCUCAACCGAGUGGACUUUGCUAAUGUGCAGGAGCAGGCCUCGUGGGUGUGUCAGUGUGAAGAGAACGUGGUCCAACGUUUGGAGCAGGAUUUUAAAGUCACCCUGCAGCAGCAGAGCUCUUUGGACCAGUGGGCUACCUGGCUCGACAACGUGGUUUCUCAGGUUCUAAAACCUCACCAGGGCAGUCCCAGAUUCCCCAAGGCAGCACGCCAGUUCCUGCUCAAAUGGUCUUUCUACAGCUCCAUGGUGAUUAGAGACCUGACCCUGCGCAGUGCAGCUAGUUUUGGGUCCUUCCACCUGAUCCGUCUGCUCUAUGAUGAGUACAUGUUCUACUUGGUAGAACACCGUGUGGCUCAGGCCACUGGCGAAACUCCAAUUGCAGUCAUGGGAGAGUUCAGUGACUUGAGUUCUAUGAUGCCAUCACUAAUGGAAAAAGACUCCUUCUCCGAUGAAAUGAGCGACAUGGGCAGUGAUGCUGAUGCAUCUAGAGGCCCGACAGAGCCAGCUGUUAAGAGAGAAAGGAUUGAAAUCAACCACUCCCUGCAGGAGAUCUAAGCCCAGUCCAAAUGGGGAAGGACGAGAAGCCACGAGGACCUGCAGCUUUGUGUCCUCAAAAGCAGCAUGUUUGGUACGCUGCAGCUCAGAACACUGCAUCCUUCCACAGUUUGUUUGUGUGUGUGUGUGUGUGUGUGUGUUGUAGCAAUGUCAGCCCCUCCCCCCACAGGAAAUGACUUUAAUCUGUCCCAAUGAGCAACCUUUUUUUUUUUUUUUUUUUUUUUUUUAUCUACAGGGGUGUAACAAAUCUGAUUUCUGUUCUUUUGCAACUGUGAAUGACGUUGUGCAGUACGGUUCUGUUGGGUUUGGUCGUGUGUGAUGUUUGUGGUUGCUUCUUUAUUUUUUUGACUAGAUGUGCCAUAGUGUCUUUUGAGUGCCUUAGAUUGCUAAAGAUGAAACGCCACUACAGAUGUCAAUCUGUCCCUCAGCUGUGCCUCUACUGCAGUAUGAAUGUAUCAUUUACAAACCUCAGACACACCUUUAUCGUUGAUUAGGUGUUAUCACCUCUGCUGCAGCUCGCAGCCAAAAAAAAAAA